GUGUGUCUCUCUUGCUGGGCUGCAGUUGUUUUAACUCUUCACCAACUUCUCUCUCACUCUUUGCUGCAGAAAUGGCAACAGCUGGCAAGGUCAUCAAAUGCAAGGCAGCAGUGGCCUGGGAGCCCAACAAGCCUAUGGUGAUAGAGGUGAUAGAGGUAGCCCCGCCCGAGGCAGGCGAGGUCCGCAUCAAGAUUUUGGCAACCGGGGUUUGCCACACGGACCUUUACCACUUGUUUGAGGGCAUGAAUAAAGAUGGCUUCCCAAUCGUCCUUGGACAUGAGGGAGCAGGUACUGUUGAGAGCGUGGGGCUUGGAGUGACUGAAUUCCAGCCAGGAGACAAGGUGAUUCCUCUAUUCAUAUCCCAGUGUAGAGAAUGUCGCUUUUGUAAGAGUCCCAAGACCAACCAGUGUGAAAGCGGAUGGUCCAAUGGUCGUCAUGACGUGAUGGCAGCUCUAGACUCCAGGUUUACCUGUAAGGGGAAGAAGAUUCUGCAGUUUAUGGGAACCAGCACCUUCUCAGAGUACACUGUGGUGAACCAGGUGUCUGUGGCUAAGAUCGACCCUGCUGCCCCUGUGGACAAAGUCUGUCUCCUUGGGUGUGGAGUCUGCACAGGAUUCGGAGCAGCAGUUAAUACUGCUAAGGUUGAACCAGGCUCCACGUGUGCUGUGUUUGGCCUGGGAGCUGUGGGGUUGGCUGCAGUCAUGGGCUGCAAAGCAGCUGGAGCCAAGAGGAUUUUUGCUGUUGACAUCAAUCCAGAGAAGUUCGAGAAGGCCAAAGUGUUUGGAGCGACUGACUGCGUGAACCCCAACGAUCAAGAUAAGCCUAUCAGCCAAGUUCUCGCUGGGAUGACCAAUGGAGGAGUGGACUUCUCUCUGGAAUGUGUUGGGAAUGUGGCAGUCAUGCGAAGUGCUUUGGAGUCUACUGUGAAAGGCUGGGGUGUCAGUGUGCUGGUUGGCUGGACAGACUUGUAUGACGUUGCUGUCAAACCCAUUCAGCUUAUCGCUGGACGCACUUGGAAGGGUUCUCUGUUUGGAGGAUUUAAGAGUAAGGAUGGUGUGCCUGAGAUGGUUAAAGCCUACAUGGACAAGAAGGUGAAGCUGGAUGAGUUUAUCACUCACAAGAUGACCUUGGAGCAGAUCAAUGACGCCAUUGAACUGAUGAAGCAUGGCAAAUGCAUCCGGACAGUUUUGAGAUUUUCUCCUUAAUGAGACCACCAUGUUUCUGGGGAACCAAAAUAAUUCACGUUCCGGUAUUCCAUGGAUUUGUCUUUUACUUGUUUCUCAUCAUCAAAACUUCUUAUUUUCCAUUUUUCUUUGCUUUUAUUUUGAAUAAAAAUAAAUUGAGUAAUUAAAAUGA